UUUCUGUAAAACGUCAAAAUUUUACACUCAGCCGCAGUGAAUGUUUACAUUUUUUCCAAGUCCGGAACGUUUUCGCUGAUUUUAGCAGUAAUUUUCCUUGCAAAAUGGACCAAACCCAGCUCGAACCGGAGGAUUUAAGUCUUAAACCGUCGACCCUCCCCGACGAUCUCGAUCCGUCGUUGGCAGCGGUGCCCGCUAUCGAGGAAGUAGCUACCCGAUACGCGGACCUGGAGAAUCUGCAGGGCGUCCCGUCGUGGAGCGACAUCCGGCCGAGCCCGGUCCGUGAGUGGCGCGAUGUCACGGGCGAAUUUUUCGACUGCGUCAAGGAGCUGCAGCUGGGCGAACUCAUCCACGACAAUAUGUUCGGGCUGUUUGACGCAAUGUCCGCGAUCGAGAUGAUGGACCCGAAGAUGGACGCCGGGAUGUGCUGCAACAAGGAGGCAACUCCGUUGACCUUCCAGACGGCCGUUGAGACCUCCAAGAUGAAGCUGGCGAAUUUGGAGUGCCGCGAGACGAUCGGAAUCAUCGACGCCGUCUACUCGUGCACCGUGUCCUGGCUGGAAGGCCACUCGAUGGCGCAAACGGUGCUGACCUGCCUGUAUCUGCACCAUCCGAACCAGAUCGAGGACAAACCGAUGAGGGCUUUUGCUUGUGCCAUCCACAAGUUGGUCAACCUGAUUCGGAACUUUAUCCUGCGCGCUCGCGUCUACGAAGAGGAGGACUUCCAGCCGAGCACGUACGGGUACGAUCUGUGCUGCGAUCUAACGGAAACGAAGGCUUGCAACAUGCUGAAGAGCGCCGAGGAGGAUCUGGUUAGGAAGCUUAAGGACACCGAGGGCGAACGGGAAAAGGAAGAAGUUGGGGCGUUGCUGAGUCGACUCAAGUUCACCCGGCUGCUGCUGCAGUGUCUGGUGUCGCUGUAUCCGACCAAGCAAAGUUCUUCCUGGAAUUCCAUCACGGUCACUGCCAACCCGGUAACUAACGUCUCGCCAAACAAAACGGAAAUGAUCGACAUCGUGAAAACGCUCAACGGAGCGCACGAGCUGACCCAGGUGAUGGAGAAGACCAUCGAGUACGGGACGCAACCGGAGCCGGACUCCGACACGCCCAACCCGAUGGGCUUCUCAAUGAUGGUGAACCAGCGGCUGCUGCCGCCGACCUUCCCGCGGUACACCAAGAUCAAGGAGCGCGCGACCUGCAUCCAGUACCUGGCCGAGCUGAUCCAGCGGCUGAAGCACGUGUGCAAGAUUGUACAUUGUACGAAUUAUCAUAGUGCGCUGAACUUCUUCAUGGACUUUAGCAAAAAGUUCAGCCCCUGUCUGCUGUCGCGCAGCAUCCUGCAGACGCUCUACCUGCCCACACACGACAUGGUGUUCGGCACCAAGAAGCUAACCGAGGUGCUGAAAGAGUCGGCCAAGUCGUUCAUCGCGCCGCCUGUGCUACUAGCGGAAAAUCCGCUCUCCUCGAACCCUGCGGCAUGCAAUUGCGUCGAUUCGUUCUUCGCGUACAAUGAGCACACGUUCAGCGUGUUGUUCGAGAUUUGCGGGUACAAUCGAGCCCGCCAGCGGGACAAGCUCGGCAUCAUGCUGUCCAACUUUGCCAACCUGCAGGACGAAGCGGAACGCGUUGACGCGUACCUGCACCAACUGUCGAUGAAGAACGAGAACCCGCGCCAGCAUUUGGCCUGCUUCGGAACGUGGGUUCUGUACCACUGCUUGCGUGCAAUGUCCUUCUUCCUUCUCUCAGGAUUGGAGCUAGAGCUGUAUUCGGUGCACGAAUAUCUGUACAUUUUCUGGUACUUGUACCAGUUCCUUUUCGGCUGGAUCGUGUCCGCGCUGACCCGAGCGGACACCUUCCUGGUGGAGCAGGACUACGUCGCCGACCCGAAGGCGGCCAAAGGCAGCCAGAAGAAGCCCAAGGUGAAGAAACGAAAGGGCAAAACCGACGCCAAGGAGAUCAUCUUCAACCAGGCCAUGCAGAACAUGUGCGGCGGUUACUACAAAGCCCUCGGUGGGUUCAUCGCCGAGGAGCGCAUCCCCGAGCCGCUGCCCACGUUCGACAACGAGAAGGUUCGCUUCGAGCAUCGGUUCGCGCCGUUUGCAGCCCUGUCGACGCCACCGCCGAUGGCCUACUCGGACUUUAAGAUGAUGAAGACGUACUUGCUCAAGUCGCCGGCCGGGGAGUUGUACGCGUCGGCCGCAAAGCACUUUCACGAGGCGCGCGUUCUGCUCGAGUCGUACCCGAACCCGGAUGAGGAGUGGCACGAGAUCGUCAAGGUGGCCAAGAUGAACUUUGUGAUGAUGAACCUGCUGGCCAGCGGACUCAACUGGCAGUCCCGAACGCCGCCAGAGUUUGACUUUUCCUGCCACCGCUUCUUCCCGAUCAUCAAGCAGCGGAAGUAGAGAGGUCCUGGACAACGGUUGCAUGCAUCGUCGGGUCACUUUCUAAAACUGUGCAAAUGUGUUCCGUUGGGGUUUUACCGAGAUUAACUAGAACAGAGAAGGGGGUGUGUUUAAAUGUAUGUAAUCAGUGUGUGUUUCUGUAAUUGUGUUCUUUCUAGGGUACGUUUCUCGAUGCAAUUGGGUUUAACUUAUUGAAAAGAAGUAUAUUGAAAUUAGCGUA